ACGACCGGACAGCUACCUACCAAUUCCACAUAAUUUUUUUACUUUCGUCAUUUAGGUCAUCAUACUCAUAGCAGCAUUCUUCAUCCGACGCGCGCUCUGCUAUGUGAGGUUAACCGAGCGAGCUCAAGGAGAAACCCUAGCCCUCGCACUUUUUCAUUCAUCUUAGAAAUAAAUUUAUUUGUUGUUGAUACCAACUAAACCGCGAACACCUGUGCCUUGUCACUGAAUGAUCAAAACUAGCUACGUAUGAUAUCGAAGAGUUAAGUCGACUGUAAUUGAAUCAAACUACUUUGGCAGACGUCCUCCGCGCCUAGCCUCUCGUCUCGGAGCGAGCAAGAAACACUGGCUCGGGAUCUUUGGAGGAAAAACAGAAAUUUAUCAAAAAUUGGAUCUUCUUGUUGCUAUAUCGUCCAAGCCUGUGGAAAACUAUUUGGCUUAACAAAAUACUAUCUGCAAUCGGAUCAUGACUUUUGAGUUUCAUCAAAGGAUUUAAUCAUGGAAGUAAGAACGAUUAUUUUAUUUUUGCUUGCAAUUUUUGGAGUGGAGAGCUGGAGCGAGACUCCUCAUCAACGCUUGUCGUCGUCUGCAGAAGGAACGGAGAUAAAGCGGAGAAGCCGUCAGGAGCGGGGUACCCAAGAAUUGCGUGGUGGUGUGGACCUUCUGCAUGAUCUGAGAAAUAAAGCACCUAAAGCAGGGAGGAUAAAAGAAAUAGAAGGAGAGAAUGGAUGCCUCGUAUACAGAUUCAAACCACAGGGAAAUAGUACUUUUCCAACAGCCAAUGUAGUUGGUACAAGCUUCCCAAGUAGCUUUAGUGUAUUGAUGAACAUGCAGUACAGCCAAGAAGAUCUGGGAGAUAUAGUCACAGUUGUAGAUGCCAACAAUAAUAUUCUACUGAGGUUAAGAAUGGGAUACAGUAUUUUUGAAGUACAAGUCAGGAUACAGAGAUUAACAUCAUACAGAUUUGUUGCAGAAGAUUUUGCAGAUAAUAAAUGGCACAAGGUGGCUGUUGGCAUCAAUAAGAACCAGAUAAAAGUUUACAUGGAUUGCGCUGAGGUUGCGACGCUACCAACAAGAGCUGGAAAUGCAAGGAUAGAUUUCACUACAGCAGGAAAGUUUGUGGUGGGAGGACAUUAUAAUGAAAAUGAUGUUCCAUUUAAGGGGGACGUCCAAAAUGUGAUAUUUUCUGAUGAUUUCAAAGCUGUUAAGGACUGUGAAUUUGAUUAUCCAUGCUACAGAGACGGACAGCUAGUAACAUCUGCACCACCAUCAACUGUGAAGGUGGAGACCACACCAGUAUCUACAACACCAGAACCUACAACAUCUGAACCAACAACCCCAACACCUACAGAGCCUAAGCUCCCAACACCAGCACCAACACCAAAGAAGCCAGAGCCACUACCAACCCCUGAAACACCAGAAGAAAAGACAACACCAACACAGAGCACUGGCGUUAAAGUCUCCUUAAAGCCAGAAUUGCAAUCCACAACAUUAGAGCCUGAAGAGGAGAAGCCUACGACUCCCAAAGAUUCUGAGGUGAAACCUUCCGCAAAGCCCACGGUGGGACCUGUCCUUGUCACCGUGAUAGAACCUUACUACACGCCUACCUCAAAGCCUUUCAUGACCACCGCCAUAGUGGAUAAAGAAUUGACACCGGAACCAGGAAAAGAUGUUACAAUGGAUAUAAAGGAUAUUUUCACCACGACGAUGCCUGUUUUGCCUAUCACUGGGACAAUGACUUCGGAUCGAAUAUCCAUUUUAGAAACGGGAUUCCCUGGCGUUCCUGAUGGUCUCAUCGAUUACCUCCAGAACAACGAUGACAAUGAGGUUGUGGUCUUUCUUCUUGAGCAGCUCAGGGAUGAAUAUCCAACGAUAAAAGGUUUGCCUGGCCAACGUGGAGAACCAGGAAGACCAGGAGUACCUGGACCAGCUGGACCAGAGGGACCAAAGGGUAUUGCUGGUGGGAUGGCAAGUAUUGGACUACCAGGGGCCCUUGGUCCUCCAGGAGAAGCCGGUCCACCUGGCAAGCCUGGACCUGAAGGGGACAUAGGUGCUCCUGGACCUCAGGGCAAUCAGGGAAGGGAUGGAGCCCCAGGGCCAAGGGGAGAUGAUGGCAAUCCAGGAUCAGAUGGCUUUGAUGGAUGGAAGGGAGAGCUUGGACCCCCUGGACCACCAGGCCCUGUAGGUGACCCAGGCGGGGGAGGACAGAUUGGCCUCCAAGGACAAACGGGUAUGCCAGGGGAUCAUGGUGCCUGGGGACCACCUGGUCCGAUGGGUCCUAGUGGUGAAGGAGCCGUACCUGGAGUCCCUGGUCCACCAGGAGAAAUGGGGGAUACAGGACAGCCAGGAGGAUUAGGGCUAGCUGGUGUCUUUGGACCGCCUGGAGAGGGUGGCCUACCUGGUCCAGAUGGAAGACCUGGUGCACCAGGUCGGAAUGGAUCGGACGGUCAGCCUGGUGACCGAGGUCCUGAGGGUCCACCAGGAGACGACGGACCUCCAGGAGAGGGCGGUAGACCAGGAAACCCGGGUAGGAUGGGCCUCCCAGGAGAUACAGGAUCCAAAGGGGAGAGAGGAGAGGAUGGAAACAGAGGCCCUCCCGGGAUCAGGGGUUUGUUGGGAAUGCCGGGUGAUUUAGGCCCGAAAGGUAGAUCUGGUAGUAGGGGUACGAUAGGAGAAGCUGGCCAUAGGGGGUUUCCAGGGACCGGUGGACCUGCUGGACCUAAAGGUUAUCACGGAAUGCAAGGGGAAGAAGGAGACGGAGGAAGAGCAGGAACAGUUGGACCAAAGGGUGAUACAGGCGAUGAUGGACAGACAGGUCAUCCUGGACAAGAUGGUGAUAUGGGAUUCCCCGGCUUACCUGGCAUGGGAGGAUCCCCAGGUCUACCGGGAUAUGUAGGUAUUCCAGGACAGCCAGGAGCUGCAGCCAUAGGACCACCGGGUCCUCCGGGGCCUAAGGGAUUAAUUGGAGAGCCAGGACAGCGAGGACCAGCAGGGGAAGAUGGUGAAAGGGCGCCGACUGGGCCUAGGGGCUUACCAGGUGAACCAGGUACACCAGGACAACCUGGAAGGAAUGGAUCAUCCGGAGUAUUGGGGGUUGAGGCAGCUGGUGGAGCUGCAGGAAUCCCGGGACCUCCUGGACUACAGGGAAGGAAAGGUGACCCUGGACCCAUUGGAGAGCGGGGAGUUACUGGAUUGGCAGGUCCUAAAGGAGAAACAGGGGAGCAAGGGGAGGCAGGCAUUCCAGGACCCCUUGGCCCUCGGGGACCACCAGGAGAUAUUGGCUUUCAGGGACCGUCGGGUGAAAUGGGCCUCAAGGGGGAAAGAGGCGGCAAUGGAGUGAAGGGAGAUGCAGGAAAUGAUGGAACAAUUGGAGACCCCGGAUCCCGUGGAUUACCGGGACCUAAAGGUGAUGAAGGAUCUCCAGGCCCUGCUGGUGAGCUGGGUACCAGGGGUUUGCGAGGAAGGAGAGGGAUGCUUGGAUCUGUGGGAAUUCAAGGAACCUCAGGAGGCUUAGGUGGGAAUGGAACCUUUGGCCUUGGGGGCAGAGCUGGAGGAAGGGGUAGAUUUGGCUUCAGAGGACUACCGGGACCAGAGGGGCCGAAAGGUGAAAAGGGCAGCCUUGGACCAAUAGGGCCAGCAGGUCCUCUGGGAGAAAGAGGCCCAAGAGGCAAAAGGGGCAUCCAAGGAGAGAUAGGGGCACCUGGAGCUGUGGGAAAGAAGGGCUUCUUGGGCUACCCUGGACCAUAUGGACCUGAAGGGCCCGAGGGACCUAAGGGCAGGAUGGGUCCAGAUGGCUAUGAAGGUUACCCUGGACCACAGGGGGUCCCAGGCUAUCCUGGGCCACCAGGUCCUCGAGGGCCCAAAGGAGAUGUAGGUAUAGGAGGAGAGGAGGGCUUUCUGGGAGAGGAGGGCCCUCAAGGACCCAAAGGUGAACUGGGAGAACCUGGCAUUGAUGGAAAUCCUGGACUAAAUGGUAUCGCUGGAUACAAGGGUGAAGAUGGUGAACUAGGUCUUCCUGGCAGGCCUGGAGCACUGGGACUAAGAGGAAGGAAAAGGGGUAGAACAGGAGAGAAAGGGGACAAGGGAGACAAGGGCACACCUGGCAAGCCUGGAGCCUAUGGAUACCCUGGGAGAAGGGGCAAUAGAGGCCCUUUGGGACUGCGGGGCUUUCGAGGUCGCCGUGGAGUGCAGGGAGUGCCGGGUGUAGAUGGGGAGAAAGGAGGGGUUGGAGCAGAUGGUGCCAAAGGUGAAAAAGGAGACCAGGGCUUACAAGGUAUACCAGGUGAACGUGGUCCUAGGGGUGAGACUGAUGAUGCAUUCGAUGGAACACCCGGCCCUCCUGGUAUUGAUGGAUUUAAAGGAGAAAAGGGAAACAUGGGACCCCGGGGGGAACAAGGACCCUUUGGACCCCCUGGACCGUCAGUGCCUGGAUCUAGGGGCUAUAGGGGCGAUAGAGGAGAUAAUGGACUGCAGGGACCUCCAGGCUCACCAGGUAGACCAGGACCACCAGGCAAAAGAACAGGACCACUGGGUCCUCCUGGUCCUCCUGGACCCCCAGGUCCCCCUGGCCCACCAGGCACAGUCAAGGGUGAGAGAGGUGACCCAGGACCCCCUACACCAGGCCCACAGGGCCCCAAAGGUUCACAAGGGUUCAAGGGAAGCAUUGGCAUUGAUGGUAUCAAAGGAGAAAAGGGUAGCCAGAGUAAUGCAGGACCCAGAGGUAAACCAGGAAGAGAUGGUCGAAGGGGGCCAAAAGGAUACAAAGGUGCUUUGGGACCAAAAGGAAGAACAGGCCCUCCUGGUCCCCCAGGCCCACCGGGUCCAGCUGCCCCUACUCGUGCUCCUCCUCCAACAUUGGCUCCUACCACUCGGGAAUCCACGACAGUUAAAAAGAAGCGACGCACCACGACAACAACGCCACCCCCUACGACGACUCCACCCACAACAACAAUGAGAGAGACAACUACAGUGAAAAAGAAAAAGAAGAAAAAGAAGACUACAACCACCACUGCUGCCCCUACUACAUUACCCCUGACCACGACUCCAGCACCUACCACCCCGUUACCCCCAACCACCCAGGCACCUACGCCUACCCCUGAAGUGAUCACUGAUAUCAUUAGGGAGAUUGAGGAAGAGAUUGAGGCGCCAAGGGGUACCAGGAAUGCACCUGCAGUCUCAUGCAAAGAAAUCCUGAUGGAUUAUCCAGAUUCAGAAGAUGGUUUGUACUGGUUAGACACGAAUGGAGGUGCACCAAACGAUAAAUUCCAAGCCAACUGUAAGUUUGUGCAAGGUGGGCUGACCUGUCUCAACGCUACAGCUGCAGCUGCAACAGAUCCUUCUAGUUGGGUGGCUUCCCCCGACAGCGACUGGUUCUCAGACUGGAAUGCUGGCUUUGAGAUAGAAUAUGAAGCCAGCGUUGUCCAGCUAAGAUUCUUACAUAUGAAGAGUAACACAGCAACACAACUAUUCACGUUCAACUGCCUUAGAGUUCCUGCAUACUACAAUGAUAAGGCUCGUAACUAUGACGACUCGAUACAGUUCAGAGGUCAGAAUGAUGAUAUAAUAGAACAUGGUAUGCCGGGAUAUGUCGUGCCCAAAGAUGGAUGUAAGUCACUAUUCAAAAAGCUGAAGAAGUCCAUUUUCACUCUGAGGUCCAGUGACCCCUCGCAGCUACCCAUCAAAGAUUUUGCUCCUCGAGGAUAUGGAGGGCGUGGCCAGAGAUUCGGGUUUACUGUGGGACCGGUAUGUUUCUUAUGAGCAAGGUCACUAUGGACCACACCCAAAGAAGAACUGACUUUCCUGGCAGAUUAAAUUCACCAGAGUUUUAAGAUGGAUCGCAUUGGUGUGCUCUUAUGGAACAAUCUAUGUGACUGGACCUUAGCUACAAACAUUUCAGCUGACUUUAUACCUCAUGAAUGACUGACGUACUGAUGUUUUUGGAGGAGUGAAAUUUCGUCAUGCAUUGGUCUGAAGAGGAAUUCAUUUCUUUUCAUCGGGAUAAAAUUUUGGCUCAGCUUUAAAAAAUCUUGUUGUCAUCUUAAGAUUAUCUUUGUAGUUGAAAUCCUGGACUUGAGGAGUGUCAUGUUAAUGUUUUAUUUGUAUAUUUUAAAUGUAGGAGAUAUCUUGUGAAUGUGUUUGUAUGAGAUUGUGUUUCUUCUUCUGUGUAUUGUAUUUUAUGAUAAAUGUCAUCGAUUGAAACCCCAAUCCUUCUUAUCUGUGCAGCAGUGUAAACUACAAAGGAAUAUUUCAGUGUGCCAAAGCCAAGCUCAUAUUUGUAGAUAUAUACAACAACAACAACAAAACAGAUAAAGAGCAACAUAUACUUUAUAAUUUUGUAUAAUUGCCUAAAGAUGUAUCAACAAACUCUUUCAUACCUCAACGACACAUUUAAAAUACAAAAAUUGUCAUAAUUAUGUUAGACAGUGUGACUUUUAAUAACAUAAAAUUACAUAAUUCCACUGACUCACCGAUUGAACAUGUGAAAUAUGAAAAGCAUGAACAAAAACAAUUUAGUGUAAAAACAAGGAAUCAAAAUUAAAGAUUUUUAAAAGAUCUUGACUAUUCAACUGCAUUAUUUGAAGAAGUCUACUCAUAUAUCUUGACUGUAAAACACAAAAGAGUGGAAGAGGGCAAAGGUCAUAGAGAAAGUGUGGAUAGAGGGAAGAGAAGGAAAGGGGAACGAAUCAAGAUUAAAGGGAGAGAGGAUAGGAUCACUGUAAAGUGAAUGAGCAAGGUGAAGAAAUAAAUACCCACUUACAUCUACAUAGUGGACAUGUGAACAUGUUUUACAAACUUUGAUUAAUGUUUUUAACAAAAAACAAAUUGAGAAACAUUCCCAGAAACUUGGGAAUGGUGAUAAGCCCUGGGAAAUUCUAAAAGAGCUCUGGCUAAAAAUUAAAACAAAUACUUAUAAAUUCCAAUGCCAAGAUGAUAGAUCUCACUUACCGUAGUAUUGACUGUUCUUUAAAUCCUGGGAACAAAAAUCAUUUUUUGAUCCGGCCUGCACCCUUUGUGCCAAUUUAUCUGAUUGAUUUUGAUUUGUAUCUGUUAUUUUUGUGCCCGGUGGUAGAAUUAUCAUGGGAAUCUAUUGACCAGAAUUACAUGUAUUGUUCACUUAGCCAAAAUCCUGUAUUUUAAUAAUUUUCUCACACAUCACUUUAUUGGUGAAUCGUGUUCAACAACAGAGCCACGAUGGUCCAGGACAAAGCCAAAUUACUGGUAGACGCAGGGCAAAAUAAAGAUACAUAUUUCACUAAUAUACAGUAUAACAAAUAUAUUGUUAUAUGAACAAAUCAAAUCGCACACAUAAACAUUUAAAGGAAUUGAUGUGCACAUAGCAUUAGUUGUGUGUGUAGAUCCUUCAAAUUAAAUAAAAAUGUGAAGAGCUUUCAAAUGAAAUAAAAUGCAUGUAAAGUGCUACCCCUUUCUCCCUCAUCUGCCCCAUUCAGUCUCUAGCUUGUAUAAAGACGAAACCGCUACUUAAAUAUUUUUCUUUAAUGUUUUCUUCAAACAGAACAAAAAUGUUCUGCUAUUGUAGUAGUAACUCAUACUUGUUAUAUACAUAAUUUUUAUACUAUAUGUACAUGAAAAUUACUUUGUAAUUAUAUAUUGGUUAUAAUUUUCAGACUAGAACUAUUGUUUGAUCACAUUCCUUGGGUUUUUACCAGUAUUCUCUACUUUUUCUAAACAUUUCAUUUUCAAUUAUUUUUCAAACCAGGAUGUUUGUUGAUUCCAGACCAGAUACUAGCCUUCUUUCACUUGUGUUUCAUCUUGUGCAUCAACGAUUGAUAUUCAGAGUACACGCUACUUGUAGAUCAUGAAUGUAAAAGAUUUGCUUGGCUGAAGUUUCAUUCAGGUAUAUGAUCCUUGUUUUACUCUUUUUAUGUUGCAAAGGUCAGAAUAAAUAUUUCUUUCAGGAUAUAUCAUGCUUCAUAUUGAUUGUAGCGGCAUUGUUGACAUUAUUUACAUUGUACAUUCUAUUUCAGAAGAAGAAAGAAAAACAGCGGCAAAUAAAGCACUUGUCGGUUUCAGUGAAAAUAACAAGUUUCCAUUUUCAAAACUUCAUUCUCACCCCCCUCCCCCCCCCCCCCCCCCCCAACCACACACACAAAAGACUGUUUCAUUUCCAAUUUUGAUAGAUCAGGCCAAUCAUAUUUAUUUUUCAGGAUUUAAGAUCAAUUAUGACUGUGCCGUCUUCAGUAUUUUGUGCAUAAAUAGUUGUAUUGGUCCAUUUCAAUAUGCAGUAUGUGGUUUUGAGUAAGUUUUCGUUAUUUUGUUUAGAUUUGCAGGUCAAAACGUACCCAUAUAAUACUAUGAUUCAUACGCAGUGCUCAGUGAACAUUUCCUAAUUGAUUAUUUCCUCUCUUUUUUAAAGAAGACAUUUAUUGAUUUUAAAUAUUGAUUUAAUUUGUAUCAUUGCAUACAGGAAGAUUAGAUUGAACAAGGUUAUACAAAUUCCCCGACUGAAACAUUCAAACUACCGAAUAUUGAUUAUCAAUUUAAACAAAUUCCACCCACUUUCACACUUGAAGAGCUCUCUGAUCAUUUGUGAUGUCACGUAAUGGACCAAAUUAGCAUAAGCAGACAAUGUCCCAUAAUAAUGCACACAUUUUCAGUGCCUAUUUCGUCAUCUCCUCUUCACCUAUUUCUCUUACUUCGUCAGCGUCAUAACAUGUAACUGUUUGAUCUGUUCCCUCACUAUAAAUUUCAACAUGGUUUUAUUUUGAUGAAAACUGCAGCGUUAUAUAAAAAUAAAGGAAUCAGUUAUAGCUUCACUAUGGCUUGUACGAAAGACGCCAUUGUACAUUCAGCUGCAUAUACUAACGCGUGCUUAGCAUUUCAAACGUUCAGUGGGCUUUAAUUCAAGUUCCAAGUUUAUUGUUCAAUCAUUUAUCCUUGCCCUGAAUGUUUCUUAGCAAAAGGUUAUCAGAAUCAGCAUCACUUCCCUUUUAAAAUAGUGUGAAAUAUAUUCAUGUUUCAAAUCAAUCAAACUCUUAUUAUCGAGAAAUAAUUGCACUGAAAAUCUGUUCAUUAGUUCUAGGAUGUUGUUUGCUUAUGGAGGAUGGGUGCCUGAUAAAAAAAAUUGCAAUUUUUUCUUCUGAAGAAGAAGCGCACGUAUAUUCCCAGGCCUUAGUUUCUUGUGAUUCACUAUGGCCCGUAUUUGUGAUUUUCUUUGAAUGUCUACUUUAAGUACAGUAAAUUCCAAAAAUGUAACAUUACCUUUAAAGCAGAAAAGGAAAUAAUAUCGCUGAGAACUUUGACCUCUGUGAAGAAAUAGUUUGAUUGGGGGAAUCCCCAUGCGGUCAUCAGUGAUGAAAUACCAGAACAUACAUGUAUGUAUAGCUGUGGUUUUCAUUUGUGUCUUCCAUGAAAUGAAAAUCCUUUUCAAGUGAUUUCCACAGAAAUAGUUUUAAAUACAUUCAUUGAAAAUAUGGCCUUCUCUUUCAGACAUACGUGUAAUAUGUUUGCCAUUUCAUUUGUUUUACAUACUACAUACGAUAACUCCGCUAAAAGAGAAUACAAUAUAUUGACGAAAUGUGAAAGUAAAUUUUGUCCCAAGUAUGACAUUUAAAAAAAACUGAAGUGAGUCUUUGGAUCAGCAGUCAUAGAUAUUACCGGUAGGUUCAAAGUAUAUUAUACCACAUUGACUUAUUAUUAUGGACAAUUCAAUACAUUGUAAUACUGGUCAGUACCCACUUCACUUGUUUAGCACAUGUAAGAAACUAUAUAGAUUGAGAUCGUUUUUUCUAGUCCUUAUCCAAAUAUGGAAUCAGUAACAUAAAGGAAUUCACCUGAUGUUGUGCCAUCUCGUUGUUUUCAUGAUGUUUAAAAGAAGGAAGAAAUUGAAUCAAAAUUUGAUGUAGAAAAAGAGGAGAUGUUAUGGUUAAAAAAUGGAUACAUAUUAAUAGCUUCCACAGGUGGCUAGUGAGGUGAGGAAUAUUUGCAGGAUUUAUUUCUACAUUGUUUUAAAAUGAGCAUUUUGAAAAUCAUCCCAUUGUGGGUUAAAAUGAUCAUUUGAGUUAAAAUUGCUUGAUUUAAACACAAUUUGAUUGAAAUUUGAUUGGCUUUACUGGUUUCAAAAUGUACUGUUCAUGAUAUUUUAAACCAAAAUGAAAUUCUGUAGGAAAGAAGAAAGUAAUCCCACUCUGGUAAAGUGAUUCCUUGUUCAUUAUCAUGUCAGCAUGCUUCUUGUCCUUAUGGAGGAUAGAGAGAAAGUUCACAAACAGACUGCUUUAAAUGGUAAAACUACUUAAAAACUUUUGUUUUGCCAUAAACUGCCGAGUGCCGAAAACACCAAGUCUGUGUACUUCUAAAUGUUUAUUUAUAGCCGUAAAAGAAAAAAUAAGAUUAUAUUCGGUGCUCAAAUUUUGUGUAAUUUUGAAGUUGUUCUUUUUGUUUGGCUAUGGGUAUGAUGUAGACUAGUUUCUAAAUUUAGCAGUAGCAUAAGAUGAUGAACAUUUGACAUGUAUAUGUGUGUAUAUACUGUAAUAUUAGUCCUGUGAUAAAAAGGUACCUUUGUGAAUCAUAUGCAUGGUAGAUUGGUCUGUAAUAGUGAAUUCUUGUAGAAAUAUUUCUUUUAGCUUGUAAUGAAUAUGAAAAUUGUUGCUUUUCGAUAGUGCUAAGUUAUGUAAAAUUACUGUGCAUAUCUAUAUUCUCCUUUUUAUGAAUUGUAAAAAUGGUAAAUAACCCUAAAUUAUGUACAGCAUCCAAACCCCUUCCCCAAGUUCUUGCCAAUGAAUUGCCUUCUUUUGCAUUUACUUUCUAUGUUUGUUACCGAUUAAGAACAAUGUCAGUCACUUUAUGCAGUACACUGUUUCAAGGAAAAUAAAUAUAUUUUGAUUUAUUGUA